GAUUGUUGGUGUAACCAAUCAUUUGGAGAUUAUUGACUAUCCCAGUGCACACAUUUGUAUAUGGCUCAUUUUGAAUUGUGAUAUUUAUUUCACUCAUUGUAUACAUAGCUAGCAGUUGUUGUAUCUGUAAACGUUCUGUAGUCAAGUUUCCUGGCAUUCUGUUUAUAAAUAGUAGCUUGAUAACGAUGGCGUUUACUUGUGCUCAAGGUGUUCUCUUCAAGUUGCCUACCAAGCCAGUGAGUUGCGAUAAAAUCUCUCUAGUGGUGCAUCAUAAGAAUUCUUUCGGAAGAAAAAACAGAAAAUUAUCAAAGACUACAACGGUUAUCGUAACUGGUGACUGCAAGAUAGACAAGGCAAACUGCCUGUUGGGUGGCACAACUCUCGGAGCUCUUGUUCCAACGAAUUCUCUUGUGUCCACUAAGAACAGAGAAGAGAGGAAAAAGACAAAACACACUUUGAACAAAGGUUUCAGCUGGGGAGCUGGGUCUCAAAAAAGGAAACCUGAAACUCCUAUAUCAACAACAGUAAAAUGUUACCAUGACCAGGGAGAGUCCGAAAAUACAAAGUCUUCAAAGUUGUGCGAAAGUCAAGAAUCUCUGAAGGGUGCCAAGAAAGCCACAACGCCGCUCCACACGAAUUCCAACCCCUUGAAGAGCAAAAAAAUUCGUUCGACAGCUGCCACAAGUAGAAAGCCAAACUCUCAGUCGAAGGCGUGGAAUAUCAAGAAGAAAGUCCACAAAGAACAGACAUCUAGAAAUUCACAAGUCGUAAAAGCUGCUCAGGAAGAAGACGAGUCUUACAAGAAGUCUUAUAACAAUGGACAUGCCCAGUUUCUUUUUUCAGAUGGAUACAUUCAUGCCAUCGAUAAAAGCCGCCUCUUAAGUCAAGAAGAAGAAGCAGAGCUUGCAAACUACCUGAAGAAACAAACACGGUUGAUUGAUAUACAACAAAGAAUGAUGCAGAAAUUCGGUAGAAAAUUGUCUCUAGAAGAAUGGGCUAUAAGAGCAGGAAUGUCCGUACAAGAUCUACAUGACGCCAUUAUACUUGGAAACAAUGCGAAGGAAAAACUUAUUACUGCCAAUCUAAGACUUGUCCAUUCCAUUGCCUCACGUUUCGCUCACGAUUCUAAUAAGAACUUUCACAAACCUGUGCAGUUAGUAGAUUUGAUACAAGAAGGCAUCCUAGGUUUGAUCCAAGCCACUGACAAAUUCGACCCUUCUUAUGGUUGGAGGUUCUCAACGUUUGCGACGUGGUGGAUUCGCGCCAGCAUAUCCAAAUAUCUAAAUGAAUACAAUCGCUCCGUUAGAGUGCCUGCCAAGGUUCUUGCUCUUUUCAAUCAGUCGAAAAAAGUCGCAGUCGAACUGGAAAGUAAGAAGAAAGUACCAAGUGAGAGUGAAGUCUGCUCGUUACUUGGUGUCUCAAGUUCCCGUCUUCGCUUUUGUAUAGAGGCUGUUACUAACCAACCUGUUUCAUUGGAAAGGUUAGGAGAGUUGUUAGAAGAUAGUGGACGUCUGGGUAAGGGGGCUGUGUAUUGUGUGGCAGAUAGCAGGGAAUGUACAGAAGAAAACCUGGCAGAGUGUUUGUUGCGUGCGGACCUUUUUAAAGUGUUACAGGAAUACCUUUGUCCUAUGGAAACGAGGGCAUUACUUUUGAGAUAUGGCCUCCGAGAUGGACAAUUUCGAUCUCUGGAGGAGUGCGGGAGAAUUAUGUCGUGUAGCAGGGAGAGGGUUCGACAACUAUUGUUGAGUGGCAUCACAAAACUGAGAAAUUCUACCGUUGAGAGUUGUCUGAAGGACUAUUUGCAAUGAAUAGAUUGUGAAUAACAGCGUUCAAAUGAAGUGUAGAAUAGUUUUUGGAAUUUCAAAGUCUCGAUGAUAAUGAUGUAUCGAUACUUUUAGGGUUCGAAUAAAUUGGAUGUGUUGGGGCGCUUUUGAGAAGUCAUUCAC